GUGUCGACCGCGGCCUACGCCAGCAGCACGUUUGGCGUUUAUCGUGUUAUCAUUAAGUGGUCACUGUACGUAUCAACCGAUACGAACACGCGCGUACAUAUAUCGCCUUCUCGUGAUCGCGCUAUUGCAAAUUUCUUAUCAUUUUUUAGAGUAUUUUCGAUCGUCUAUAUGCGCGAGUAAUUUAUGUAUAAUUUAAGUACACAGUGUUAUUUAUCACGAAAAGCUCUUAUCUUCGCGAGAAAUUCGUUUUGUCGUCUAUUUUUACCAUUUUUUGAAUCAAUUUUCAUUUUUAUUUACAAUUUUUUCGCCCCUUCGGAUCAAUCCGCGAAUUAUUGUGCUAGUGUAUGUGUGUGUGUGUGUGGUGAUGUGCAAUGAUAAAUAGUAAAUUAGUGUACAUGGUCGCGAUGAUGUGUAAACGAUGGUGAUGUUUUCCUUUCUGCCUAAAUAACAACGUCCUGCGGCGUGUUUGUUUGUUUAUUUAUUUUACACGCAGAGAUUUUUAUAUUGAUCGCGAGUAGUAAUACGUUGGGUCGAAUUUCAUUCAUAAACGACCGUACUAUUAGUAAAUUUGCGCAGUGUCGAGUCGUCUCUCAAGAAUAUUACAACGAUGUAAAGCUAUAAUCACCUACGAGGAAUGUUCAAAAUACAAAUGUUGGAGCAUUUCGUUCAAACAGAUCACACCGAGACGAGAAGACAGAAAAAUGAAGGCCAAUUGUAUUGUCAAACGCAAAAUUACGGAAGUCCAGAUUCUUUGGUUUUACAUAGCGGACACGAACGAUUAAAGGGUACCACGCCGGAUUUAUUCGAAUUACUGGAGAGAGUACAAUGCAGUCGACUGGACGAUCAGCGUUGCGUGUUGCCUGCUUAUUUCAAGGCUAACAGAGAAGACAAACAGCAAAGCUGUUCCAACAAUGGAAGCGGAGGCGGAACAGGAACGACGACAACGUCGCCCAGCUGCUCUCAACAUCUACUGGAAGAAGCGCUGAAAAUGAGGCCUCCUUAUCCGACCAUCAUUCUACCGACUCAAGGAGGCUACUGGCUCGAUGGAAAUGAUCAAUACGAUCCCGGUCAUAAUUCCGUAUCGGGCACCAAUACCAAUACCAAUUCCAAUUCUAAUUCCAAUUCCAAUUCCGGCGUUUAUAGUUUUAAAUUCGAGACCGACGAUACAGCCAAAUGUUACCGAAAAUUCUUCAUGGGAAAAGAACACUGUAAUUUUGUCGGCAAAGACGAGAAUGUAGGACCUAUUUUAUUAAGUAUGAGAAAUGAAACUAUAGCAUCGCAAGAAAAUACAAGGUUGUUAUUACGACUGAAAACUGGUACGAUGCACGAACUAGUCCCUAAUACGUGUUUACCAACGGCACCUCAUCAAAUAGCUAGGUUUCUAAACGAUCAGAUAACGGUGUCUGGUCUUACUCCAGUAUUAUGUCCGCAAGCUUCGCAAUUGAUCGCCGAUUACGACGAGCAUGUAAUAGUAUCGCAAUUCAAGUUCGGCGUUUUAUACCAAAGACUGGGUCAAACGAGCGAAGAAGAAUUAUUCUCCAAUCAACGCGCCAGUCCGGCUUUCCAACAGUUUCUCAAUUUAUUAGGCAAAAAGAUACAACUCAAGGAUCAUAAAGGUUACCGAGGUGGUCUCGACACUCAGUUUGGGCAAACUGGCGAAGAAGCAGUCUACGAAACGUUUAAAGAUCGAGAAAUAAUGUUCCACGUCUCAACCAUGUUACCAUACACCGAAAACGAUCCUCAACAACUUCAAAGGAAACGUCACAUAGGAAAUGAUAUCGUGGCGAUUGUAUUCCAAGAAGAAAACACGCCUUUUUCGCCAGAUAUGAUCGCUUCGCAUUUCCUACACGCCUUCAUCGUAGUCCAAGUGAUAGAUCCGAACUCACCAAAUACAAGGUACAAAGUACACGUGACAGCUCGAGACGACGUUCCAUUUUUCGGUCCAACUUUACCCAACCCACCGAUAUUCCGACAUGGGCCAGAAUUCAAGGAAUUUCUGCUGACCAAGUUAAUCAAUGCCGAGAAUGCGUGUUACAAAGCUCAAAAAUUCGCCAAUUUAGAGCUUCGCACACGAUCCUCUUUGCUGAAUUCAUUAUGCGACGAAUUGCGCGAUAAGACGAAAGAAUUCAUCGGUCACGAGCCAGAUUUUGAAAAAAGCCGACACGAAACCGGCGGCGGAAAUCCAAACGCUGGUAGCAGAUUUAUAGAAACUGUACGAAAAGCCUUGAUAGCCAAAGUACGCAACCAGAACAUCAGCAAUCAGGCUCACGAGACGAAUAACAACGCUCUGAAUUCCAGUCACAAGAAAAUUAGUUCCACAUCCUUAGAUACGUCCGUUCAUUACGGUUCAUUCACGCUGCCCAAAAGCGCUUCUGGUAGCAAAAAGAGUUCCACCCCGUCUCCCGUUUCCACUCCGGAUAUGCAACCUAUACAUACAGCUCAAAGAACUUAUGGAAAUUCCAGGACCACCAUAUCUGAGAGCGAUUCUUCGUCGUUGAAUAGCGUAGAUUUAGACGGCGCGGUCACCUACGCCGACAGUGAUACCGGACUCGAAAGCAUGUCCUCAGCUGAAACGCCCAACAAGCAAUGCAGCCUUUGCGUAGAUUCCAAUAAUGACAAUAGAGUUGAGAAUUUGAAACAAGAAGUUACGAGACUGAAAUGCGAUAAGCUGGACUUACUCAGGCAGAAUGUCACUUGUCAAAGGGAAAUAAAAAGACUGCGAGAAAAAGAAUUACAAUUUCAAUCGGAUCUGACUGCUGCUUCCAAAGAAAUCCUCAGAUUACGAGAGAUUUUAAAAGAUUAUAAAACGACAACACCAGAAGGAUCUCCGAUAUGAAACAGGUUUACGUAAUUUUACGACAAUUAUACGAUGUAUAAUAAUUAUCAUUUCCCUUCUUUUCAUUCUAUUCCUAGUACACAUUUUUGUAUGUAUCACGGACCGCAUACCGUAUUACGUAGAAUUUUUUUUUUUUUUUGUAAGAACUUUAAUUGAAAUAAAAUGCCUUCCGGAAUAGUUUAUUUUUCGAUCCACGAAGCUUCUCGUAUGCUCAAACUAUUCACCAUUUUUCAAAGACUACACCAAGAAACAAGUUGGAUUAUUCUUCUUCCUUCAUCUUCACUCUCUUAUUGAUCAUUCCGGAACGCAUUUCGUGUUUGUAUAGUUUAUUUUGUUUUUGUUUCUGUUUCUUUUUUUCUUUUUUUUUCGUAAUCGAUACAUAACUUUCCUAUGAUUUUAAAAAUUUUGAAAUAAAUAAAAUUAAAAAAAUCAACAUAUGUAUGAUAUAUUACACGUUAUAAAAAAAAACCAAAGCUAGAUUUAAGUUACUAUUAUUAUUAUUUUCUUUUUUUUUUUUCAAUAUGUUUAAGCGAAUACUAUCUCUUCGUAUCAUUAUUAAUUGUUGAUUUUUUUCCAUAAUUAUUUAUGUACCUAUUUCUUCUCUGUUUUUUCGAAAGUCAAUUACGAUAUAUUAGCAUUUUUUUUUCUAAAUGUUUGUCUACAAUUUUAAUUUCUUUUUUGUAAAAGCAAAUUGUUCGUUGAUACGUAAAUUUGUUUCCUGUCCAGUUGUAAAAUCCUGUAUUGUGAUUUAAGUAUCAAUUCAUUUUUUCCGAUUAAUUUUUUUAAUAUCAAACUAAAUGACCAUCUUUAUAUACAUAGUAAUAGAAAAAUCAUGUCAAUUAUGCUGUAUCUAUCUACAAUGGACCGUAGACCCGAUCGAAUCUUUAGCAUUAUAAUGCGAUUCAAUUGAUUUAUUUUCUUAUUUUUUUUUUAAAUUUUAUUUUCACACUGUAUGGAGACGCUUUGUUUGUUUUGAUGAUGUGUUUUUUUUUUGUAUAAGAAUUUUAAAUUCUGUAUUUUUCUUUCAUUCUGUUUUCAUGUAUGUAUUUCAUCAAUAAAGCAUUUAAAUGUGAA